CAUUAUUUUGAUAAUAAAUUAAGAUAAAUAUGGGGAUGAUAUUAGAGGGCGUAACAAUGCAAGUUCCUACUGGUACUCUCUUUCCCUUUCUCAGGUCCCGCGUGAUUCUGUCGGUCGCCUCUUAAUCGACCACUCCACUUGUCCAUGGCUUCCUAAGCAGAUCAUCGCCUUAUUUUAAACUUUUCUUUUCCGUUUUUCGCUUCCCGAUUUGUCCGUAGAUCGGAGUAGGGGUGUUACAAGUCCGCCAUGAGUAGGGGCGGCGACGGAGGGGACUAUGGAGGAACUACUACCAGCAUCCACGUGACGGCCCUCGAUGGCCUGGUGAACGUGAACUCUCUCUUCACCGUCGCCGUCUUCGUGGGGCUCUCCAUCGCCUCCCCUGGCCAGCACAGCCUGGAGGGGCGGUCGGAGUGCGAUCCCGGCCUCGACGUCGCCCGCAACCUCCUCAUCUUCGAGGUCGUAUCCUUCAGCUUCUUCCUCUUCUCUAGCCUCGUCGCGCAGGGGCUCAAGCUCGCCAUCAACCUCCUCAACAGCAACGACAUCGACGAGGCCUUCCGCGCCCACAUCAGCGCCCGCGUCCUCCGCUUCGGCAUGCUCGCCUCCGCCGUCGGAUCCGUCUUGGGCUGCAUCUUCCUCGUCCUCUCCAUGGUCCAGGUCAUCCAGAUUCGCCUCGGCUUGCUUUCCUGCGGGAGCCAGUCCGCCGUCCGCUCCGUCGCCGUCCUCGUCACCCUCGUCUCCACCGCCCUCGCCGUCUACAUCGCCACCAUCUUCUAUGCCUUCACCCACUGAAACCCCCAAAAUCACCCUCUCCAAUGGGAAAUCCGUAAGACAUGAACUUUAGGGCUUGAACUAGGACGAACUGUAGGGUUCCCUUUCCCAAUUACAUUAGAGCAUGUAUCAAUCUCGAAGCUGUGAUGCUUGAAUCAUUCAACAGCAUGGUGUUAAGGACCUAAGGUCGACCAAAUUCUGAAAGCACUAGUACGAGGCAAGUAACCUGACUAGUCAAUUCCUUAUGAUAGAAGAGGAACAAAAUAAAAGGAUUAGGAUUGGCCUAAUAAUGACGAAUAUUUUAGAGGCAAGUGUUUGAGUGUGUACACAUUGUAUUCUAGAUUUAUGGAAAGAUUAUUUAUUUCUC